AUGGUGCAGAUAUCUGCAUUUUGCCUACUAAGAACCACAUCACAGAGAAGUUCAAUUUCUUGUGUUCUCCAAAGUCACAUAUCUACUGUAUUUAACUUCAAAGAGAACCUGAACUAUAGACACAUGGAGGUAAAAUCUCAGUUCAGGGUUUGUGCAUCAGGAUCUGACAACCCACCUGUUAGUGAUAGUAGACAAAAAAAUUGGGAAUAUUUUGUCGAUAGCCUAUUUGAGGAAGCUCAGAAGGUUGGUGCCCAAUGCUUGUCGCCCACUGAAAAGAAGAAAAAGGUAGAUAUAAAUAUAAAAUUAUGGAAAAAUGGAUUCACAGUCAAUGAUGAUUUCAGAAGUUAUUCUGAUGGUGCAAGUCAGCAGUUUCUGAACUCCAUCAAAAAGGGGGAAUUACCUUUAGAAUUAGAGGGGAUUUUUGAUAAAGAAGAGGUAGAUGUUAAAGUUGAAGAUAAGAAGAAUGAAGUAUUUGUGUCAACAAAGCCUGUCUUCCAGCCCUUCUCAGGACAGGGUCACAGAUUGGGAAGUGCCACACCAAAAAUUGUUUCCAAAGCUAAGAGUACUGAAGUUGAGAAUAAAAGCAAUUUGUCUGCUGUCCCAUUAAAUAGUUUGGAACCCAUCACUAACAUCCAAAUCUGGUUAGCCAAUGGGAAAAGGAUUGUCCAGAAAUUUAACAUUUCUCAUAGGGUAAGCCACAUCAAAGACUUCAUUGAAAAAUUCCAAGGAUCUCAGCAAAGCCCUCCCUUUUCUCUUGGAACCGCGCUUCCUUUCCUCAAAUUGCUAGAUGAAAACCUUACUCUGGAGGAAGCAGAUUUACAGAAUGCUGUCAUCAUUCAAAGACUCCAAAAAACAGCUGAGCCAUUCAGAGGACUUUCAUAG